AAAUUUGUUUUAUGAAUGUUUGAGGCUAAGGUUAAGGCGUUAAAUUUGGACCAAGCAAAAGAAAGAGGUGUUGAAAGAAGAAAACGUGGCAAAAGCGUUGCCUAUGCUGAUGUUACUAUGUUAGUUGUAGUUGGAAGGCACUUGGAAUCAAUAUCAUAUCAUUUCAUGGCUUCUUUGCUCCAUCCAACUCCAACUGCAAUCUGUUUCUUCUAUCCCUUAAAACCCACCCUUCCAUCACACAAUUUUUCUUUAUUAACUAACACUAAUCGUUUCAACACAAAGUGUAAUGCAUUUUUUGACAAUGUCGCCAAUGUUGUUGACGUGGACCACUUUCCUUCUAUCAUCCAAUCAGGAAUACUGCAGUUUCAAGAGUUACCAGAUAUGCAAAGAUGGGAGUUUCUUGUGUUUGGUGGUCUCAUAUGGAUUUACUUAACUUCAAGACCUGGUGUUCUUAUUGGUGCCAUUGAUGCUUACCUUCUUGCUCCUCUUCAACUUGGUUUGGACAAUCUAUCUGGAAAGAGAAACUUGAAGACACGUGAUUUUCUUGUUGGAGAUAAAAUUGGUGAAGGGUCUUUUGGUGUUGUUUAUUCUGGUGUUUUGGUGCCAAAGAAUGUGCUCGAUGGAGAGGUCAAUAACAAGGGAAGAUCCAAGGCUGCACUGUUGGAUCCCAAAGCCAAAGAUAAAGUCAUUCUUAAAAAGGUUAAGGUUGAAAUACGAGGGGCUGAAGAAUUCGGUGAAUUUGAGGAAUGGUUUAAUUACAGGCUAUCUAGAGCAGCACCAGAAACAUGUGCUGAGUUCCUUGGAAGUUUUGUAGCUGAUAAAACAAACUCUAAGUUUACAAAAGGUGGAAAAUGGCUUGUUUGGAAAUUUGAGGGAGAUCUUACGCUUGCCGAUUACAUGAAGGGGCGUAGCUUCCCUUCAAACUUAGAACCUGUCAUGUUUGGACGUGUCUUGCAAGGUGUAGACUCUUUUCGACGAAAUGCAUUGAUCAUCAAGCAAAUCAUGCGCCAGAUAAUUACUUCUCUUAAGAAAAUUCACGAUACGGGCAUUGUUCAUAGAGAUAUAAAGCCAGCCAACUUAGUCGUCACUAAACGGGGGCGGAUUAAACUUAUUGAUUUUGGUGCAGCCACAGACCUUCGGAUCGGAAAGAAUUAUGUUCCCGACCGCACCCUUUUGGAUCCUGAUUAUUGUCCGCCAGAACUAUAUGUACUCCCAGAAGAAACACCAAGUCCUCCACCAGCGCCAAUUGCCGCUUUCUUUUCACCAAUCCUGUGGCAGUUAAACAGCCCUGAUCUGUUUGAUAUGUAUUCUGCUGGGAUUGUACUCCUGCAAAUGGCAAUACCAACUUUAAGGUCUCCCGCUGGUUUGAAGAAUUUCAACUUGGAAAUAAAAAACUGUGGUUAUGAUUUGAAAAAAUGGAGGGAGUAUACUCGCCUGAGGCCCGACUUCGAAAUUCUUGAUAGUGAAUCUGGUAGAGGUUGGGACUUAGCAACAAAGCUUAUCUCUGAGAGAGGUCUCUUAAGAAGAGGACGUUUAUCUGCUGCUUCAGCUUUGAGACAUCCUUAUUUUCUUCUAGGAGGUGAUCAGGCAGCCGCAGUUCUUUCAAAAUUAAGCCUAAGUAGAAAGUGACCGGCAUGCAGAUUUAUAGUUUAAAACCAUUGGCUUGUGCACUCGAUAUCAUUGACACUUUUGAUUGAGAGCGUGUCUGGUGUUUAACACCAACACAUGUGAUUCCAUUUUCUCAGAUUAUUAUGCCUGAGGAAGUUUAUAUCUCAUAGAGGAAGUUUUUUGCUGCCUAAUAGAUUUAUAUUUUCACUGGCGCAACUAACUCAAACAAUGGCAAGAGCACUUGUGGUUAUAGGGCUUAAUCAACCUUCCCUCAUGGUGUCUUUCUGCAAGUUAAACUAUCUUUUUUUUUUUAUUUAUGUUUUAUGUGUAUUGGUUUUGGAUUAUCAUGAAAUCAACAUGAACAAGAUAGAAAGCAUCAUAGUUUAUGGCU